UCAAGUCCUGAAAAUAAACCAAAGGAAGGAAACGAUCCUAAAAUAUGAGGAUGAUGAUGAUGGAUGGAUGGAUGGAGGGAUGGAGGGAAAGAGGGAGGAUGGAUGGAGGGAUGGAUGGAUGGAGGGAUGGAUGGAGGGAAAGAGGGAGGAUGGAUGGAGGGAGGAGCUUUCUCUCUGUCUUUUCUUUUCUCACUCGGGACGCGUAAAGCGGAGUGCGAGCUGGAGCGGAGCGGAGCGGAUCGGCACCAACCCGCAGAGUUCUGCAGAGGAGGGACGAUCCAGCGGGAGGAAGAGGAGGCAGAGGAGGAAGAGGAGCGGCCGGCCAGCAGCGGGGCUCCGCCGCGGUGGAUUUUCUGUUUGCGCCUGUUUGUGUUUUUUGCGGGGAAUGUGCGGCUCCUCCUCUGCGGCUCUCCAACUUUGUGACUCUGAGCUCUGAUGCGGAGACGCGGCGCGGAGGAUGGGAGAAAGCUGGAGCUCCAGGUUCCUCACAGUCCUGCUGGCUCUUCACGUCGUUCCUGUGUUGCAGACGGUGCUGGUCGGUGCUGGCGAAUGCGACUCGGUGUUUAAAGGUUUCUCAAACUGCCUGAUUCGGUUGGGGGACGAAAUGGCCAACUAUCCCCAGGACCUGGACGACAGAGAGAGCCUGAACAAGAUCUGCACUUACUGGGAUAACUUCCAUUCCUGUGCCACGACGGCGCUGGCCGACUGCCAGGAGGGGGCGACGGACCUCUGGGAGAAACUGAAAAAGGAAUCCCGCAACCUGAAUUUCCGUGGGAGUUUGUUUGAACUGUGUGGCGGCGGAAACGGCGCGCCCAGAUCCGGGGGCCUCGGCUUGCUGCUGACCGCCCUGCCCACCGUACUGACUUGGCUGGCGUUUUAACAGGAAGGAGAAGAAACACAAAGUUAAAGAAAUAAAACACAAGAAAAUACGUCCAACUGAUAAAAAAUAAUUAAGAAACAGUGACAGCUACUCCUCCAUCCUGAAAAACACGACGUCCAGGACUGAGUUUGCAUUCAUCAGAAGAAAACAGCAGAAUUGGAUUUUUGCGGCGCUACGGCAGCCCGGUUGGCCCUGAGGGAGAGCUCGUCCAAUCACACGCCACCUCACCCAGAGGUCAAUAACAUGAAAUAUUCAACACGCCAUUGACCUGAAAUGAAGACAAUGAUGAAAUUUUGAUGGAUAUUCGCCAACUUACAAUUGUGGAAUUACAUAGUAUUAAAGUCAGCCAUGCAUUAUUGAUGUUGAGUCGGCCGGGCCUCGCCGGCGCCGACACGCCGUCAGGACGGAGAGCAGGGUUGCCAUUUAGCCUGAGGUACUAAUUCAUGUGUAACGCAAGACCAAGUGAAACUCCACAGAAUCAAUAAGACAAACCGAAGCAUCGAGCCGAUCCAGAACCGAGACAUCGAGCCGAUCCAGAACCGAGGCAUCGAGCCGAUCCAGAACCGAGGCAUCGAGCCGAUCCAGAACCGAGGCAUCGAGCCGAUCCAGAGCCGAGGCAUCGAGCCGAUCCAGAGCCGAGGCAUCGAGCCGAUCCAGAACCGAGACAUCGAGC